AUGGAAGUGAAGUCUCUGUCCCACGGGGUUUGUGGUAUUGACAGGAGACCUGUCCAGAUCGAUUUUCAUGCGGUCAGCAGGGUGAUAAACGUCACUCCCUCGGCGGCUCGUAGGCGAUUUGCACGGCUGAAGAAACAAAUCGAGAAGAACAGUUCUGACACGGCGACAAAGACUCCAGCACCAGAGCCGGCCAGUAGAGGCACAGAGAAGACAGAUUCUGAGGCGACCGGCUCCAAGCAACUGCAGAGACCUGAAUAUCGAAUGCCCCAAGGAGCAGCCCAGAAGAACACACAAACUCAGACCUUGUCCUGUCGAGUGACAGGUCAUUCUAACAACGGCAGUCACCCCGUCCAUAUCGAUCUCACCGAGGACCAUGAUAGUGGUGGUGAUGGUGGUGGCUUGAAUGCAGACGAGAGCUCCGACGACGAUGCUCCAUUGAUGAAGAAACGAAGGAUAGCCGGGACGUCCUGCGUGUUAGGGAGAACGUCAAACCAUGAGCGUGCAUCAGUCAGGAGCGAUGACAAGAACCCUGACAUCUCCAGCCAGACUGGAGAAGGGCAUUCCAAUCAGGCAUUAUCACCAGCACAACGAACAGGAACAGCGACUGGACGCGAGAGGUCGAACGAAGAACAGCACAUGACGGACAAUAAAGUUGGUAUCGUUGGGGGUGUGAGUGUGACUGCCGCUCAGAGAACUUCGGAACCCCAGAUGGUCGAUCUCACUGGCGAAGAACCCCCGGAAGGGACGUCAAACGCAAAUACUGCAGGAGCAAGCUCCGUCCAAGCAUCUCCGGUUGGUAAUGGAGCAGACGUCGACCCCGCUAGUCUCAGCGAACAGGACGUUUAUCUCUUUGGAGACGAGUUGUUUGACUCCUUUCUGGGCGAUUUACAAAACGCGGACAUGCCGGAUAGUUAUUGUUACGAGGCGACAGACUGGCCGCACCAAGCAUCAGCCUCUACUUUAGAGCUAGAGCCCCUGGCUCCCCGGAGAGAAAGCUUCAUGUCAAUCGACGAGAAACCCGCCUAUAGCUGGGCUCUGCGACGUCUCGACCAGCCGAACUUGGCGGUUAUUGAUCAUAAUUCGUACUGUUAA